AUGUCAGCCCGCUGGCCCUCCGAGGAUGUUGAUCCCGCUCCUCUUGGUCAACCCCUCCAUUUCACCUUCUCAGGCCGUACCGCUCCCAACCGUUUCCUAAAAUCUGCCAUGACCGAACGUCUCUCCUCCUUCCACCCCACCGACCUACCCGCUCGCGGAGUCCCGUCUUCCAACUACGUCAACCUCUACCGACGAUGGGGCGAAGGUCAAAUCGGUCUCAUGCUCUCUGGCAAUAUUCAGAUCGAGUACGACCAUCUCGAGGCGGCGGGGAACGCCAUUAUAACCAAGAACGAGAAGUUUGAGGGCGAGAGGUUCGAGAGGUUUAAGGAGGCGGCGAGCGAGGGGAAGAAGCAUGGGAGUUUGUUCGUGGGGCAGGUUAGCCAUCCUGGACGACAAGUCCCUGAUACGGUCCAGGAACAUCCCAUCUCUGCGAGCGACAUUCAGCUGCAUGGCAGUGUUAUCGGCUUGACAUUCGCGAAGCCGCGUGCCGCCACACUCGAGGACAUACAGAACAUCGUGAACGGAUUCGCCCAUGCUGCCCUCUAUCUCGAAAAGGCCGGCUUCGACGGUAUCCAGCUGCACGGCGCCCACGGCUACCUCAUCGCCCAAUUCCUCGCGCAGACCACCAACAAACGGACAGACCAGUACGGCGGCUCGCUCACCAACCGUACUCGCAUCAUCGUCGAGAUCGCCCAAGCCAUCCGUAAAGCCACCUCCCCAUCCUUCAUCCUCGGCAUCAAGCUCAACAGCCAGGAGUUCCAGGAGGGCGGGCUGCAGGUGGAGGAGGCGAAGGAGGUGUGCAGGAUCUUGGAGGAGAACACGUUCGACUUCGUGGAGCUGUCGGGAGGAACGUACGAGGCUUUGGGAUGGACGUAUAAGCGGGAGAGUACGAGGAAGAGGGAGGCGUUCUUCAUCGAGUUCGCGGAAAAGAUCGUGCCGGCAUUAUCCAAGACGAGGGUCUACGUCACGGGUGGAUUCAAGACUGCUUGGGCGAUGGUCAAGGCGUUGGAAACUGUCGAUGCUGUCGGCCUGGCGCGUACGUUGUGCCAGGAGCCGCGUCUGUGUAGGGAUAUCUUGUCGGGGAAGGUGAAGGGUGCGAUCCAGCAGAGGUUCGACAUUAACGAUAUCGGGGCGUCGAAUCUGGGGGCGGGAGCGUUGUUGAGGCAUAUCAGUAAGGACUACGAGCCCGUGGAUCUGAGCUCUGAGGAGGAGAUGGCAGCUUUCCAGAAGGAUGUGACGGCAUGGCAGAAGGCGCAGGGUGGGCAGGUGGAAGGUGGCGCGUCGCUCCGUGGACGCAAAGACGGUGCGAUAUAUUGGUUCCCGGACUUGUCUGCCGCCACGCCUUAUGUUGAGGCGUAGUCCGGGCCUUCUGUUGGAACGCUAAUGGCGUCGUAGUGUAGCGAUUGUCUACGUAGCAUUUUUUGAGCAUAAUGAACGCGUAGAGG